UAAUGGAAGAAACUAGUGAAAAGGUUCCAGAAAAACAGAAACAAAAGAAAAAAUUGAGAAAUGUUAUUGAUGGCAAAACCAGGGUGUUGCCAGUACCAGAGUGGAAAGCUCAAGAGCAAAAUGCUCUGAAAAGAGUGAAGCGUUUGGCCAAUAAGGUGAAAAGAUUUUCAGCAGAAACAGCAUUUCCACCUACGGGUUUUUUUUAUAUUCAUGCUGGUGCUGUACAUGCAUUUGGUCAUGAACAAAGUUGCAGCAUAUUUUUUUCAAAUGAAAAUGUACAAAAGUUGGAUGUAACAGUGAUGGAUACAGAAGUAACAAAAAAAGAUGACAAGCCCACAAUAGACAUGAGAAAUAUCGAUCUUGAUAUUGAUUUUAAUAAUGUCAAUAUCAACACUCUUAGACAGAGCUACUCUCAACUAAGUUUUAAUAAAGGAGCAGGUGAGAGAUCAACUUACAAGGUUGAAAACAGACCACCAUACUGGCCAGAGGGUAUACCAUUUGUAUCCCACUCUAAGAGAAAAGGUUUGAAAAUGUGA